GGCGUCAGUGACGUGUCGACUUGAGCAGUGUAAACAGUGUGGAAAUAAGUUGUUUACGAUUUUAUAAACAGUUUUAAGUAUGAAAGAGUUCAAAUACGACGUUAAAACACUAAUUCAAGGCGUAAGGGACCGUCCGUGCCUUUGGAAUAAGAGCUUGGAAGUGUACAAAGACCGUUUGGAAAGGCGCAAUGCGUGGGAAGAAAUAUUCAACUUGAUGGACGAGAGUUACGAGAUGCUUCCUCCGGAGGAAAAACGGCUGACAGGCGAGCACAUCGUCAACAAAUGGACGAACAUUCGCGACACGUUCGUGAAAAGCCUCCGAGCGAAGAUGGGCAAGUCGAAGCGACGGUACAUUUACUACGACCUCCUCAAAUUCCUUAUCAGUGAGAUCCGAGGAGAGGACCAUGAGGAAGAAGAAUUCGUUGAGGAAGUCAACGUGCCUUAUAUGAAAGAAGAAAACCCGAGUGAGGGAGAAAUUGAACCCCGAAAAAGGUCGAAAAGACUGGAAAAAAGCGACGACUCGUGUACCCCAGUACAAGAGACUAGCUUUAAAGAACAUAUCACGAGAAAGAGAUCUAAAAAGAAGGAGACGGCAGAACAGACGAAGGUUUACGAAUCUAGUAACGACAUAGAUUUCGUAGAGGUUGAGGAUAGUGACCCCCGGUUGAUGAAUGAGGAUGAGGCGUUCUUCGCGUCCUUAUUGCCGACUGUAGUGAAGUACAAUGAGGAUGAGCGACUGGAGUUUAGGAUAGAGGUUCUGAACGUCAUGAAGAAACUGAAGGAGAAUAGAAGAUGGAGUAAUGGUGACCCAUAGACAAUUUUAAGCACUAUUUUUAGACUAGGAAUAUUUUUUUAUGUGAUUGACAAAAGACUAUAAAGCUGGCUGAAAGGAGCAAUAAAUCCAAAACAAUGUGAUUGUUUAUAUUCUUGUAUCAUUUAUUAUCCAGAACAUCACGUGUUUCUCAUACAAUUUUUAAAUUCAAUAUUUAAACUACAAGUGUGUAUAUUUACAAGAAUAUUAUAUCUACCCGCAAAAACCAACAAGACAAACGAUGCCGGACUGAGCCCGGCAACGAAGGAAACUAAUAGUGAACAUAUAAAUAAAAACAUGACUUUUUAAAAGAUACAUUUUAAUGAUCAUUUUCGUCUGCAGCAGUUUUAAAAAUAAGUUUACAUAAACAAGAAAACAUCAGGUUCAAUUAAUAAAAAAAAAUGAUGAAACUUCCUAAAGAUUAGUUUUCUUUACAGCUAAUAAGUUCUAAGUGAAAAGUUUAACAAAAACGCAUUGAAUACUGUAUGUUUGAUAGUAAUAUCGGAGGUAAAUUCACCUACAAUGUUUCGAACGAUAACAACAUCAUAUUGGAUUAUAUAAAAAUUGAAUCUUACGUUAAAAGAUGGCAGAAAAUUACUAUCCAAAACGGAACAAUUUACAUCGAGUUGUCGAUAAAAUACAAUAAUCAUUACACUGGAUUGAUUAGUGCCUUCGUCUUCUUUCCCUAAUACUCCUAUCUUACAGCUACAUGAAUUUCUGAAAUAUUGUUUAUUCGCCAACCCAUUGAGUGCAUUUCAGUUACAAUUUUCACUAUAAUACGUCCGCCCACUAAAUUCACUAAUUUUAAACACCCCUCUCUCUAUAUACAAUUCGGAAUGAGUCGCCCUUAACCGCGAAAUUAGAUUUUCGCUGAUAAAUGUCGCGACGUGAAUCGAUACAUGGGCAUUUUAUAUACAUAAGCGAUAAAAUACUGCGUGAAAUAAACUGUAUACGGCUCAGAGCCAAACAAAGCCGUGGGCAAAAGUACACCACUGGGCUCCUCGGUAUCAUAGAUAAACACUAUUAUAUCGGUACUAUAGUGACUAGAGACCCCCUUGAACAACGCGGGGACGAAGUAUAUAUUUACAUGGAUAUCAAAUUCACACUAGCUUAACACAUCGCUACUAUAAAAUGUUAAUAAUUUCUAUAAUAAUAUAGCGACAACGCCCUUUGGAACAAGCGCAGAAAACCGCGACAAACUCGCAUUGGCACGGAUAUUAACCACGAAUAAUGUUUACCAAAAAGGAAAUCUCAAAAAUAACACGCAUGAAGUUUAAACUUUAAAGCUCCCGUCGUCUUUGAAUCUUUCAAUUUGUGCAGUUCUCGUGGAAGUUGCUUAACAACUAAAGCUAAGCGUUAAUACAGUACCAAAACGAAACAA